CUUCCCCCUCCCCGCGAGAGUUGCGGCGCUGCGGGCGGGCCGGAGCCGCGGUGUGGGGGCCUUAGGUUGGUGGGGGAACCCCUGCCCUAGCGGCGCCUAAGCUCGGAGAGCGAGUGGCGGAGCCAGCCAUCGAGCCAGCUGGGCGGCGGCGUGCGGCGCCGCAGUGGGCGCUGCCCCGUGCGCCCCCGGGCCGCCCCGGUCGCUGGUUCCUGGACGGGGAUCGGCGCCAAGGGCCGAAGAGCAGGGGCAGACCUGGGUGCUGUGGAAUCUCGAACCCAACGCGUCUGGGGUCGUCGCCUGGCACCUGAAGCCGGUAUUGAAGCCUGGGCACUGCCCGACCGGAGAUUGGGUGUGCUUCGCGUCCCUGCUCAGGACCUGACACGGUGAGGCGGCCCUAGGAGCAUGAGCGGGCAGCGUGUGGACGUCAAGGUGGUGAUGCUGGGCAAGGAGUAUGUGGGCAAGACGAGCCUGGUGGAGCGAUACGUGCAUGACCGCUUCCUGGUGGGGCCCUAUCAGAACACCAUUGGGGCCGCCUUCGUGGCCAAGGUGAUGUCCGUUGGAGACCGGACGGUGACUUUGGGUAUUUGGGACACAGCAGGUUCAGAACGCUACGAGGCAAUGAGCCGAAUCUACUAUCGGGGCGCCAAGGCUGCCAUCGUAUGCUACGAUCUCACCGACAGCAGUAGCUUUGAGAGAGCAAAGUUCUGGGUGAAGGAGCUCCGCAAUCUGGAGGAGGGCUGCCAGAUCUACUUGUGUGGCACUAAGAGUGACCUGCUGGAAGAGGACAGGAGGCGGAGACGAGUGGACUUCCAUGACGUCCAGGACUAUGCAGAAAAUAUCAAAGCUCAGCUCUUUGAAACAUCCAGCAAGACAGGACAGAGUGUAGACGAGCUCUUCCAGAAAGUGGCAGAGGAUUACGUCAGUGUGGCUGCCUUCCAGGUGAUGACAGAGGACAAGGGCGUGGACCUGGGCCAGAAAGCAAAUCCCUAUUUCUACAGCUGUUGUCAUCACUAAGUCACCGCUUAACUGGCCUGGAGGAAUUAAAGGAAUUCCCCAGAGGCUGGACCCAGCUCUUGUCUGGGUUUGGGUGGUCUAAUGUCUGAGCUACCCCUAGGUCCCUAUGGCAGCAAGGUGGCACCUGCCUGUGCUGGCCCAUGGAACAGAGGCAGCAUUGGGCUGACUGACGGGCAUGAGGAGGGUAAGGGCUAAUUUGCACCCCAGCGUUCUGCCGUGGAUAGCACUUGUGUCUGCAGAUGAUUUAAGUGGCUUCUGAUCUGUAAAUAAAAAUCAAUGCACUGUGAAUCACACUCUGCCCCUUUCCCUGCUGUGUGGAUUGGGUGUCAAGACACCUAGUUCUUUCUGGGGGCAUCUGGCUGACCUCACUUUCUUUAUGAAGUCUCCUCCCAGCUCUUAUUUUCCUUAUUUGAAAGCCAAGUAACUUCACCCCAGGAUUGCAGCCCUUCCCUAUUUAGUGGGGGCAAGGGUUGGGGCAUUGCAAAGCUCACACCUUCCUAGGUGCUGAGAAGAACAAGGCAGGCCGUAAAGUGGCUUCCAGAGAUCAAAGGGCCAAACACCUCUCUAGACUGG